CUUAAUUCUUUCCUUUUUACCAGUGAACCAAAAAAGUUUGCCAUGUCUACGUACGACGGUAAUCGAAAUGGACCUGAUUUUGAACGUAACGGAGAAAGAGAUCGAGAUUAUGAUGGCCCACCAGGAAUGGAUGCCAAUGGUAUUAUUGAAAGUAACUAUGAUGUUGUUGUUGACAACUUUGAUAACAUGAACCUACAUGAAGAAUUACUUCGGGGUAUUUAUGCUUAUGGUUUUGAAAAACCUUCUGCUAUCCAGCAAAGAGCAAUUAUUCCAUGUGUCAAAGGUCUUGAUGUCAUUGCUCAAGCCCAGUCUGGUACUGGAAAAACAGCUACCUUCUCUAUCGCUAUUUUACAGCAAAUAGAUACAUCUCUAAGAGAAUGCCAGGCAUUGAUAUUAGCACCAACUAGAGAAUUAGCACAGCAGAUUCAAAAAGUGGUAAUUGCUUUGGGUGAUUAUAUGGGCGCCCAGUGCCAUGCUUGUAUCGGAGGUACGAAUGUCAGAGAAGAUAUUCGAAAGCUUGAAACGGGUGUUCAUGUUGUUGUUGGAACUCCAGGAAGGGUAUUCGACAUGAUUAACAGAAAAGCCUUAAGGACAGAUCAUAUAAGGAUAUUUGUUCUAGAUGAAGCUGAUGAAAUGUUGUCCAGAGGGUUCAAAGAUCAAAUUUAUGAUGUUUUUAGGACACUUAAUUCUAGCAUUCAGGUAAUUUUGUUAUCAGCUACUAUGCCUGCUGAUGUGCUGGAUGUAACAAAGCAAUUUAUGCGAGAUCCUAUUCGUAUCUUAGUCAAGAAGGAAGAGCUUACUCUUGAAGGUAUUAAACAGUUCUACAUUGCUGUUGAUCGAGAGGAAUGGAAGCUUGACACACUAUGUGAUUUGUAUGAGACUUUAACAAUUACUCAAGCUGUAAUUUUCUGCAACACAAGAAGGAAAGUGGAUUGGUUAACAGACAAAAUGAGAAGCAAGGAUUUCACAGUAUCUGCCUUGCAUGGGGACAUGGAUCAAAAAGAAAGAGAUGUAAUCAUGCGUGAAUUUAGAUCUGGAUCUAGUCGUGUUUUGAUUACAACAGAUAUUUUAGCUAGAGGAAUUGAUGUGCAGCAAGUAUCCUUGGUUAUAAAUUAUGAUCUUCCAACCAACAGAGAAAAUUACAUUCACAGGAUUGGACGAGGAGGACGAUUUGGUCGCAAAGGUGUGGCUAUCAAUUUUAUUACUGAAGAAGAUAAAAGAUCUCUUCGUGAUAUAGAACAAUUUUACAACACACAAAUAGAAGAGAUGCCUUUAAAUGUAGCAGACUUAAUCUGAAGUUACUUUUCAUUAGUGUAUGAAAAUUGGGUGCAUGCUUGCUGUGCUCAAAUUCUGGAUCAUGACACUCUUCAAAUGAAAAAAAAAGAAAAGUUAACCACCUUUUUGAACAAUUUAUAUGAAUUACCAAAUGCUGAUAAUUUUUUUUGUUAAGUUUGAGUCUUUAUGAUGGUAAUACAGUACAUACUGCUUGGGUAUCUUCCAGUAUUUUAGUAGCUACUCAUUACAGAUGUAUUGAACCUUUUUUUUUCUUGUAUCAUUUCAUCAUAAAGAUUCAAGGUUUAAAACCUGAAAAUCGUUUUGUGUAUAGAUUAACAUAUUUAUUUCAUGGAAAAACAAUUAAUUAAAUCUAUUUAGGCAGCAAAUACUCUUUUCGCCUUUUUCGUACUUCCAGUAUAGUUUCUGUUUACGGCAUUACCAAUUUAUAAUACUUUUGGGUAAUACUUAAUUUCAUGUACACAAUUCUGUUUUUGACUCGAAUGUAUUUUAUUUUCUCCAUUUGGUGCCUGUUCUGAUGUGGGCUGAGCACAUUUCAGUGCAGAAUGGUAACCUUAAUCAGUAUGUUAAGUGCUUUCCUUUGUAAUAUUGGAAAAUAUGUAAUAAAGAUAAUUGAUUAAAUAUUUUUUAUUUAUAUCUAAA